AUGUCACAUUUUACACCAAUUGAACAGGCUUUAGAACAUUUUGAGAAGAACAAGUUUCUGAUUGUCAUGGACGAUGAAAGUCGUGAAAAUGAAGGUGAUCUUAUUAUCGCUGCCGAACAAAUGACUGAACAGGACAUGGCUUUCUUAGUCCGUCAUUCUUCAGGUUACGUGUGUGCUCCAAUGUCCAAUGACACUGCCGACAGACUCGAUUUACCAUUAAUGAGAACAAAUAUGCAAUACGAGAGUUUUGACGACGAUAGACACGGUACUGCGUACACCAUAACAGUGGACGUUGCCGAAGGUACUACCACCGGUAUAUCUGCACAUGACAGAACUCUAACGUGCAAUGCGCUAGCCAAUCCAUCCUCCACUGCCAAGUCUUUCUUGAAACCGGGUCACAUUUGUCCACUAAGAGCUGUUGACGGUGGUGUUCUCAAAAGAAGAGGCCACACAGAAGCUGCGGUCGAUCUUUGUAGACUCAGUAAUAAGCAGCCUGUCGGUGUUAUCUGUGAACUGGUAAACGAUAGAGACGGCUCCAUGAUGAGACUCGAUGACUGUGUCAAAUUUAGUCAACAAUUCAGCAUUCCAAUCAUCACCAUUGACGCCCUCGUCGAUUAUAUAAAGACUUCUUCAAAAUGA